AUGACAAACUCAUUCAUUGAGAAACUGGGACAAGGAGGCUAUGUAAGUGUCUACAAAGGACAAUUGCCUGAUAGGCAACUAGUUGUAGUAAAGCUCUUGGACAAAGGUAUGGGAGAUGAAGAAGAUUUCAUUAAUGAAAUCGGUAGCAUUGGUAAAACUUCUCAUGUAAACAUAGACUCGCUCUUAGGUUUCUGCUUUGAUGGAAACAAAAGAGCUUUAAUAUAUGAGUUCAUGCCAAAUGGAUCCUUGGAUAAGUGUCUACGUCGUGAUGAAUCUCAUCUAGACUGGAACACAUUAUUUAGAAUUGCAAAAGGGAUUGCACGAGGUUUGCAAUACCUACAUUAA